CCGCCCAGGAGGCGGGGGCGGAGCGGGGCGGGGGCGCCAGGAGCGGGAGGCCGGCGCCCGCCCGCCUCCCCCAUUCAUUCAGCAGAGCCCGGGGGCCGAGGGGCUCCGCGGCCAGCUCUGCUCCGCAGGACCUCGGGCGCGCCGCCCCAGCCAGCGCGCAGGGCCGGGGCCGGCCCGGGCGCUUCCUCGCCGCGGCCACCUAGCGCGUCGCACUGCCCGCGAACCACCAUGUCGGACCCCGCGGUCAACGCGCAGCUGGACGGGAUCAUUUCGGACUUCGAAGCCUUGAAGAGGUCCUUUGAGGUCGAGGAGGUCGAGACGCCCAACUCCACGCCACCCCGGAGGGUCCAGACCCCCCUCCUCCGGGCCACAGUGGCCAGCUCCACCCAGAAAUUCCAGGACCUGGGCGUGAAGAACUCGGAGCCCGCCGCCGCCCGCUAUGUAGACUCCCUCAGCCAGCGGUCCCCCAAGGCGCCCCUGCGGAGGGUCGAGCUGCCGGGCCCCAAGACCGAGCCCGUGUCCCGGCGCACCGAGCUCUCCAUCGACAUCUCGUCCAAGCAGGUGGAGAACGCCGGCGGCGCCGCCGCCCCUGGGCCGUCCCGGUUCGGGCUCAAGCGGGCCGAGGGGCUGGGCCACAAGACGCCGGAGCCCGCCCCCCGGAGGACGGAGAUCACCAUAGUCAAGCCCCCGGAGUCGGCCCACCGGAGGAUGGAGACCCCCGCCUCGAAGCUCCCCGAGGUGCCCGCCGCCCCCGCCACCGACGCCGCCCCCAAGAGGGUGGAGAUCCAGGUGCCCAAGCCAGCCGAGGUGGCCGCCUCCCCUGCCCCAGCCCAGAUCCUGGAGAAUUCAGAGCCCGCCCCGGUGUCUCAGCUGCAGAGCCGGCUGGAGCCCAAGCCCCAGCCCCCCUCGGCCGAGGCCCCGCCCAGGAGGCAGGAGGCCACUGAGGCGGCUCCCGGCUGCGCUGGCGACAUGGCCGACACCCCCCGAGAUGCCGGGCUCAAGCAGGCCCCCGCCCCGCGGAACGAGAAGGCCCCCGCGGACUUCGGCUACGUGGGGAUCGACUCCAUCCUGGAGCAGAUGCGCCGGAAGGCCAUGAAGCAGGGGUUCGAGUUCAACAUCAUGGUGGUCGGGCAGAGCGGCCUGGGGAAGUCCACCUUGAUCAACACCCUCUUCAAAUCCAAGAUCAGCCGGAAGUCGGUGCAGCAGCCGGCUGCAGAGGAGCGCAUCCCUAAGACCAUCGAGAUCAAGUCCAUCACGCACGAUAUCGAGGAGAAGGGCGUCCGCAUGAAGCUGACGGUCAUCGACACGCCGGGCUUUGGGGACCACAUCAACAACGAGAACUGCUGGCAGCCCAUCAUGAAGUUCAUCAACGACCAGUACGAGAAGUACCUGCAGGAGGAGGUCAACAUCAACAGGAAGAAGCGGAUCCCGGACACGCGUGUGCACUGCUGCCUGUACUUCAUCCCGGCCACCGGACACUCCCUCAGGCCCCUGGACAUCGAGUUCAUGAAGCGCCUCAGCAAGGUGGUCAACAUCGUCCCGGUCAUCGCCAAGGCCGACACGCUGACCCUGGAGGAGAGGGUCUACUUCAAACAGCGGAUCACCGCUGACCUGCUGUCCAACGGCAUCGACGUGUACCCCCAGAAGGAGUUCGACGAGGACGCGGAGGACCGGCUGGUGAACGAGAAGUUCCGAGAGAUGAUCCCGUUCGCCGUGGUGGGCAGCGACCACGAGUACCAGGUGAACGGGAAGCGGAUUCUCGGCCGGAAGACCAAAUGGGGCACCAUCGAAGUUGAGAACACCACACACUGUGAGUUUGCUUACCUGCGGGACCUCCUCAUCAGGACGCACAUGCAGAACAUCAAGGACAUCACCAGCAGCAUCCACUUCGAGGCGUACCGCGUGAAGCGCCUGCACGAGAGCAACAUGUCCAACGGCGUGGACGACAAGGAGCCGGAAGCGCAGGAGAUGUAGACCCGCCCCGCCCCAGGGCCCCGCCCCCCCAGGGCCCCGCCCCCCUCCCCGGCCUCUCCCGCCCCCCAGCCCGCCCACUGGCCCCAUUUUCUCUCCUCUCCUUUUCUCCAUUCGUCGUCGUCCUCCGCCCCACACCACGCCGCCAUGGACAAGAUAACGAGUCCCCCCCGAGUGUGAUCGUUCCUGGCCGUGCCUAGGUCUGGGAGAGGCUGGACCACGGCCAGGAGAGGCGGGCAAGGGCCGGCCGAGUCCGUGCCCGGCCCGGACCCAGGCCCGGCUCCGGGGUCUGGAGGAGCAGCCUCCUGCUCUCGGUACCCGCCGCACCCCCACGCUGUCUCAGCCCCUGCAGCCCGCGGGGUUGUGCCCUGGGGGCAUGGAGCCAGCAGGGGGGUGGGGCCCUGGAACCCUUUUCCGGCGCCACCUCCCUGCACAGCAUGGGCCGUAGCUCAGACCACAUAACCCAGAGAGCCCUCCUCGGACCCCUUGGCCCCCACCAAGGAGAGAAGAGCUAAUCCCUCGAGACGCAGGUUGCCAAUUGCUUAGGCGCGGUGAGGCCCGCCGGCCGCCGCCCGCCCGCCCGCCGGCCUGUGAGCUCGCCCGGAGCGGAAAGUGCCUUUAUCGCAGACGCCCCCUCGAGCCUGCAGACGCCCAGCCGGCCCCUCGGUGGGUGGGGAAACGGGGGCCGGCUGGAGAGGAGCUGUGUCUUCGUCUCCCGGCUGUGCCCCUAGCUGGGAUUUGAUUGAGGGAGAAAAGGGAUGCACCCCCCCACCCCCUGAGUCUUGGGAAGCUCUGAGCAAGUGAGUCUGGUGAGGGGGUGGAGGGAGGGAGGGAGGCGGUCCCGGAAAGAAGGUGGGGGGGCUGGGGGGGCCGCGGCCGGGUGUUCAGUGGUCGGAGUGGCUCGGUGCCUGCCCCGUGUGACUGGGCGUGUGCUUGUGUGUGUCCACCUGUCCGUCCGUCCGUCCGGACACCCGUUGGGUCCAAGAUGGUCUGGUUAAAUUCAGGCCCAGGCGGCCACCCCACCUGCACACCCAGCCGGGGAGACAGGAAGCUGGGCAACCCUGACUUCCUGUCAUCCUGAGAGCACCUGGGUCCCUGCACCCCAGGGCCCAUGGUCAAGACCCCCAAAGAGGGAGAGGUCAGGGGUCAGGUUGCACAGCCCACCGCUGGCCUCUUGUGCUCCCUGACCCUGCGGCUCCACGAGGGGACCCGUGGGGGCCGUCCACACGUGCGCAGCAGGCCCCGGGGGCUUCCACCUCGCAGAGGAAGGAUCCCUUAGCAAACAGUUUACUUGCCGACUUGCCAAGUUUUUGCCAAAACCGUGACUUUGCAGGGCGUGCCUGCCCCCAGCACGGGGCCGGAGCAGCAUGGGGCAGCUCCCCCCCCACCCACCCCCAGAGGGCACGCCCCUUCCAGCCCCCAUGCCGCCGGGGCUCCGGCGUCCGGCCCCGGGAUGCCUCUGCUUCCCUUCUCUGUAGCCAGAAAAAUGGUUAGUUCCACGGGGUGUGUUCCGCAGUGGCCUUUUGCUAUGUGCCUCCCGAGAAAUCCGUCUCUUUUUGUAUAAAUAACAAAGUGUUGAAAAUGUAUUUCCUGAAAUAAAUGUUCCAAAUGCA